AUGCCGGCACCAGAAGAACAACCUAGAGAUAUCAUAUGCUGCCUAGAAAAUUACCAACUGAAGGAAGACAUUCUGUGCAUGGCUCGCCGCAUGGGGACCAUACGCUUUGAGAGCCAAAACGUAUCGAUUUAUCAAGAUUUGUCCCGAUACACCCUGCAAGCCAGGAGAGCCCUACACCCAGUAACAUCUGCCCUGCAACAGGCAGGAAUACUGUACCGCUGGGGCUACCCAUUCUCACUUUCAGCUAGGCACGGCCCAGAUCAAGUGACCUCCCAGGUUUCCUUCGAGCUAUGGGCAUACCACCGCUCCAAGUACCAGACUGGCUGGCGAGAUCAUUUCUCCAACCACCGCCUGGACCGCAGCAACCACGCAGACCAGACCAGGGUCCUCAAAGGCCCCUGCAACAGCACCGCAGAGACUGGAACCCAGGCCCAGCAAGGCGUGAGCAGGAGUACUAACUGA